AUGCCUGCUGAACAUGACGAUGAUGACGAGCCGGAAGACGAUGACGAAGACGAUGAAUUAGGAGACGAAGACGACGAUGGAGACGCUGCUGCCGCUGCCGCCGCUCUCGGAUAUUCCGGCGGUGAACCAGGUGACGACCCAUUUUCUGGUGCUUUCCUCAACCGCUCAGGCAUGCCUGCGGGCUUGUCGAGUACCCUUCGCGCUCUUAGUGGUAUGAUGUCUGGUAUGACGACCCGCCUGCGAGGCAUUUUGGAGAAUUUACGUGCGAAGGAUGACCCUUCGGUGCAAAUGAUUGCUCUCACCGAGCUCUCGGAAAUCCUGCUCGUCUCAAACGAAGACAAUCUUGCAGGCCACUUCUCUCCCGAUCAGUUCGUCAAGGAGUUGGUGGAUCUUAUGCAGCCAAAUGACUUCACUGGUGAAGAGAACCCUGAGAUGAUGCUAUUGGCUUGCAGAUGUAUCGCAAAUUUGAUGGAGGCUCUGCCUCAGGCUACCGCAAGCGUAGUAUAUGGCGGUGCUGUCCCUGUUUUGUGCCAAAAGCUUCUCGAAAUUCACUACAUCGAUGUCGCCGAGCAAGCACUCAGUACUCUGGAGAAGAUCUCGAUCGAAUUUCCCGCGUCCAUCGUUCGUGAGGGUGGUCUUACUGCCUGCCUGACCUAUCUCGAUUUCUUCGCCACAAGCACUCAGAGAAGCGCUGUUACGACUGCCGCCAAUUGCUGCAGAAACUUGUCUGAUGACUCGUUCCCCACCGUACGCGAUGUCAUGCCUAUUCUUCUCAACGUCCUGUCGAGUAGCGAUCAACGGGUUGUAGAGCAAGGCUCGCUCUGUGUUUCUCGAAUCGUGGAGAGUUUCAGAUACCAAGAGUCCAAGCUCGAAGAGUUGGUUAGCCCCGAACUGCUCAAGGCUGUACUCAGACUACUCCUACCUGGUACAACCACCAUGAUUGGACCCAGCAUUCAUACCCAAUUCUUGCGCGUCUUGUCCAUCACCGCAAGAGCAAGUCCGCGCUUGGCGGCAGAGCUGCUACGAAUGGACGUUGUCGACACUCUCUACCAAAUCCUCACUGGAGUUUCGCCUCCUUCAAACAACGAUGAUGCUGCCUUGAAGAUCGAUAAGAACAUCAUUAUGCAAGCUCUCAUUCGUACGCCACGCGAUCAAAUCUUUGAGACUCUGAAUGUUGUCUGCGAGAUUCUCCCUAAUGUUUCGCCUGACAACCUCAUGUUCAUCAAUGAUCUGGCUGAUGCUGGCAACACUGGUCCCGGCAGUGUCUCCAUGGGCACUCGUGCUCGCAGCUCGCCCAAUGACAAGCGCUUGGAGCUUUUGCAAGAAUGUCAGCCCGAGGUUCGACGCUUUGCAGUCAUUCUCUUCCCAACUUUGAUGCACGCAUACACGAGUACCGUCAAUCUCAGCGUGAGGCAGAAAGUACUUACUGCACAGCUCAAGAUGCUUUCCAACUUUGACACCACUGUGCUUGAGGAUGCCCUCUCAGGCGUGGCUUACGCUUCACACCUCGCCUCGAUCCUAACACAGCAAGAAAACCCGAUGCUCGUCACUUUUGCUUUGCAGAUCGCCGAGCUUCUCCUCAAGCGUCUUGAGUCGACCUACAGACCUCAGUUCUACCGUGAAGGUGUCAUGGCUGAGAUCAGCAAGCUUGCACAGCGAGAACUUACUUCCAUCGACUCAAACGAGUCCAACGCUAUCUCUGCAACACCCGCCGAUGCACCUUCUUUCUCUGCAGAGCUCCCCCUAAGAUCGGACCAUGAUGAAGACGAUGACGCUAGUGAGCCUGAUUAUCCUGAUGAGGGGUCUGCUGGAGAGCAUGACGAGGACAAUGAUGACCACGUCGACGACGAUGAUUCAGGAUCAGAAUCUGGAGCACAGAACCUGCGUACACCAGUCACCGCCAGCGUCCAAGACAUCAUCACAACCCGAGCUCGCAAAUUCGUGGAGGCCUAUCAGAAUGACGGUGGACUCGGUGAGGCUUCAAGGGCAUUGUCGGAGCUCAAACGUCUUGCUGAAGACCUUCGCAAGUGCUACAGCUCGAACAAUUUGUCUGAGGGACCCGCACUAUUCAGACGUCUUGCUAAGCAUUUUGAUGGCGACACGCCUGAGACCAUCACAAGUUACGAGUUACUUACCUCUGACAUCGUCGCAACUCUACUCGAAAUCUUCAAGUCCUCAGACAGUCAUACCGGCCGUGCUGCAAGAUCUGCCUUCUUGGAUGCAUUCAUGUCACACAGAGGCCAGAGCAAAGUCGCAACCGGCAACACAACUUCACCAGCUACCGCAUUCAGUGCCUUGGUCCAUAAGCUACAAGACUUGCUCAGCCGUACGGAGCAUUUCGAGGUCAUUACUGUCCACCAGAACGCUUCUGACAGCAGCAGAAGUGGUGCAGCUUCGAUGCUCGCCAAGCAACUGCGCAUCAAGCUAUCAGCCGAUGACGAAUCUGGCAUCCCACGUCCUUACAGAAAUAUAAUGGUCUCUAUCCAUGCCAUUGCGACAUUUAGAGCUCUUGACGACUAUCUUCGCCCACGCAUCAGUCUCGCAGAGAGAGCUGUGCGCAGUCGCGAAGCGCUGACUAACAGUCUUGCCGAGGCAGUUGCUCGUAAGGACGGAAAUGCUACAGAAGGCGCUUCAACUCCUCCUGCAAGCAAACGCACUCAUACAAGAUCAUCUCAACCUGACAGCACUCCUCAAAACAGCGGCGACGCUAGCAACCGCUUGCGCAGAUCUUCGCGCAAAGUCUCACAAAAGGACUCUGAAGCGGCCGAGGAUGAUCAACACCAGCUUGAAUGUGCUGACGAAGCCGCUCUCUCAGACGAGGACGAAGGGGAUGAAGAGGAUCUCGACGCCAUUGUUAACGACUUUGACGAAGACGAGGACAUGGAAGAUGCGGAUCAGGACACUUCUGCAGUCAAUCUGGAGGUCGCUAACAGCGGAAAGGUAACUGCUCACAAAGAGGAUGGUACCCGUAUCAGUACCCCGCUACAAGGCUCACAGCAGUCUGCAACUUCUCGUACCUCUGCUUCUGCAAGACUUGCUGCGGCGCGAGAACUUCUCUCUACUCCAACUUCACAGAGACCAUCCAACCCUCCUGCAGUUCAGCCUGCUUCUCAGGACUGGCAUAUUGAGUUCAGCGUCGAUGGACAGCCAUUGUCAAACGACACCACAAUUUACCGUGCUGUUCAUUUCAACCAGACCCACCCUGACGAGGUAUCGAGCCGUAACAUCUGGCAAACACUACACAAGAUAUCUUUCAGACGUGCUCCGGGCCCCCCUCCUGCAGAGCCUAGUACGCUUCAUUCGUUAUCAGAUGCGUCGACAGCAUCCACCUCCGAACUUCCACCUUCGCUUAGUCAGCAUCCUGCCACAGCCGCCAUCCUUCGUCUGAUGAGCACUUUGCAUGACAUAAAUGCUAAUCUGGAGGACAUCAUUGCUGAAGAGCAAAGCAAUGGCACUCAGCUUAGUUCGGAGCCCCUGGCUCAGUUCGUCAACACCAAGCUGACCGCUAAACUUAAUCGUCAGCUUGAGGAACCUCUGAUUGUGGCCAGCAACUGCCUUCCUACCUGGAGCGAGGACCUCGCUCGCCUGUAUCCAUUUUUGUUCCCAUUCGAGACCAGACACUUCUUCCUCCAAUCGACCUCGUUUGGCUACUCGAGAUCCAUGACCAGAUGGCAGAACGCUCAAUCAGAAAAUGAAUCUAGACGUCAUCGCGAUGAACGACCCUUCCUAGGCCGUCUACAGAGACAAAAGGUUCGCAUCUCUCGCAGUAGAAUUCUCGAAUCUGCCAUCAAGGUUAUGGAGCUUUACGGAUCAUCUCCAAGCAUUCUUGAGGUUGAAUAUUUCGAAGAGGUUGGCACUGGCCUUGGUCCAACUCUUGAGUUCUACUCGACAGUGUCUAAAGAGUUCUCAAAGAAGAAGAUGAAGCUCUGGCGUGAGAACGAAUCAAUUGCUGGUGACGAUUAUGCGUUUGGUAUGCGCGGCUUGUUCCCAGCUCCAAUGAGUGAGGCACAAUCAAACGACGAACACGGAAAGAAAGUGUUGCAUUUGUUCAAGAUGUUGGGCAAGUUUGUUGCACGCUCGAUGCUGGAUUCGCGCAUCAUUGAUGUUUCUUUCAACCCUACCUUCUUCCGCAUCAGCGCUGGCAACUCCACAAUCAAGCCUUCGCUUGGAGCAGUCGCCUCGGUGGACAAGGACCUUGCUAACUCCUUGAAGCCUCUGGUGCGCUGUGCUAGAGCAAAGCAGGACAUUCAAGAAGAUGAGACAAUGACUGCAGAGCAGAAGGCUCAAGCUAUCAAGGGCAUCAAGAUCAAGGAUGCCUCUAUUGAAGAUCUUGGCCUCGACUUUACGCUGCCUGGCUACCCUACUAUUGAGCUUCAACCCAAUGGUGCUGAGAUUGAUGUGACCAUUGACAAUGUCGAGCUGUAUGUCGAAAAGGUCAUCGACUUCACCCUCGGCCAGGGAGUCCAGAAGCAGGUCGAUGCAUUCUGUACCGGGUUCUCCCAGGUGUUCCCGUACUCAGCCCUCAAGGCGUUCACACCCGAUGAACUGGUGAUGCUCUUUGGCCGUGCAGAGGAAGACUGGUCGCUUGAGACACUUAUGGAUUCGAUCAAGGCUGACCAUGGCUUCAAUCUCGACAGCGCAAGCGUCAAGAACCUUCUGCAAACAAUGUCAGAGUUCACGAUGCCUGAGAGACGCGAUUUCCUGCAGUUUGUUACUGGCAGUCCCAAGCUACCCAUUGGAGGAUUUAAAUCAUUGACACCGAUGUUCACAGUGGUGUGCAAGCCCAAUGAGCCUCCGCUGAUGCCUGACGACUACCUGCCUAGUGUCAUGACAUGUGUCAACUAUCUGAAGAUGCCUAACUACAGCUCUCAAGAAGUGCUGCGGGCUAAGUUAAGUGUUGCAAUCAAGGAAGGACAGGGAGCUUUCCAUCUGUCAUAA